CUGGUAACCCGCAUGGAAACGCGCUUGGCCGUGUGUUUGUAGUAGCGGCAGGUUUAACGGUGGACUCCAGUGUUACGGUGUGCAGUGCAGCAUCUGUAAAGCAGUCAUGAAGAUCGAAGAAGUGAAGAGCACAACUAAAACCCAGCGCAUCGCCUCUCACAGCCACGUUAAAGGACUCGGGUUAGAUGAGGCCGGUAAUGCUAAACAAACUUCAUCCGGCCUGGUGGGACAGGAGAGCGGCAGAGAGGCAUGUGGCAUUAUUGUAGACUUGAUUCGUUUGAAAAAGAUGGCUGGCAGAGCUAUCCUGCUGGCGGGACCACCUGGGACUGGAAAGACCGCUCUAGCUUUGGCCAUGGCACAGGAGCUAGGAAAUAAAGUGCCAUUUUGUCCCAUGGUGGGCAGUGAGGUGUACUCAUCAGAGAUCAAGAAGACAGAGGUACUAAUGGAAAACUUCAGGAGAGCUAUAGGGCUGAGAAUUAAGGAGACUAAGGAGGUGUAUGAAGGUGAAGUGACAGAGCUGACCCCGUGUGAGACAGAAAAUCCAAUGGGUGGUUAUGGCAAAACCAUCAGUCAUGUUAUCAUCGGCCUCAAGACAGCAAAGGGUACCAAACAGCUUAAGCUUGAUCCUAGUAUCUACGAGAGCCUACAGAAGGAGAGAGUGGAGGUUGGUGAUGUCAUCUACAUUGAAGCUAACAGCGGGGCAGUAAAAAGGCAGGGGCGCUGUGACACGUUUGCAACAGAGUUUGACUUGGAGGCAGAAGAAUAUGUGCCACUUCCCAAAGGAGAUGUACAUAAGAAGAAAGAGAUUAUACAAGAUGUUACGCUACACGACCUGGAUGUUGCUAAUGCACGACCUCAGGGAGGCCAGGACAUCCUUUCUAUGAUGGGUCAGCUAAUGAAACCCAAAAAGACUGAGAUUACAGAUAAGCUGCGAGCGGAGAUCAAUAAGGUGGUUAACAGAUACAUAGACCAAGGUGUGGCUGAGCUGGUGCCUGGUGUUUUGUUCAUCGAUGAGGUUCACAUGCUGGAUAUCGAGUGUUUUACUUACCUGCACAGAGCUCUUGAGAGCUCCAUCUCGCCAAUUGUGGUGUUCGCAUCCAACCGAGGAAACUGCCUUAUCAGAGGGACAGAGGAUAUUAGUUCUCCUCAUGGAAUUCCACUUGAUCUACUGGAUCGAGUUAUGAUCAUCAGAACCAUGCUGUAUACUCCUCAGGAAAUGAAACAGAUCAUUAAGAUUCGAGCACUGACGGAGGGCAUCAACAUUAGUGAGGAGGCUUUAACACACCUAGGAGAAAUCGGCACCAAGACUACACUCAGGUAUGCAGUGCAGCUCUUGACUCCUGCCAAUCUGUUGGCACGAGUGCAGGGGAAAGAAGUAGUAGAGAGAGAGCAGGUGGAAGAAAUUAAUGAGCUUUUCUACGACGCCAAGUCUUCUGCAAAGAUCCUACAGGACCAGCACACCAAGUUCAUGCAGUAACUGCAGCACUGUACCUGCUAUUGAACUUUUCAGGAUAAAAUCACAUCUCAACCACACCACAGUACACAGACUGUGAUCUACUGACACAGUAAUAUGAAGUGGAAAUGCUAGAUAAAAAUCUGAUUAGUAUUGUCCUUGCAACCCACUGGUGUUCCUGUGUUCUCAUUCAGUUGUUCUAUGCUUCUGCUGGAUUUAUCGUUUGUCAGUUGUUGGGUUUUUUUGUCGUUUGUAGGAGAUUUUUAACAAAACUGUUGGCUUCAGAAAACUGUUUUUCAAAACAGUUUAACAAAACUGUUAUUCAGAAAAAAAUAGUUAAGAAUUGAAAUAAACGUAUUUCUUUUUA